AUGUCCGAUAGCGAAGAGAGCAGCCUAUUCGGGGUCAGUCAGGAUCUAGUUCCGCCUGCGCCAAUCAAAGCUGCUGGUGUGUCCGAGGUAGACUUUGACGGCCUCUUAUCACCACCACUCAAACUGCACGAGGACCUUCGCAAUGGAUGUGGCGGUAUGCUAUGGCCAGCCGGCAUGGUACUCGGCAAAUACAUGCUCAGAAAGGACGGCAGUGAACUCGCAGAUAAAGUCAUUUUGGAACUCGGUGCCGGUGGUGGACUCGUAGGCCUUGCAGUCGCACUUGGCCACAAACUCCAGCGCGUGCUUCACAUUACCGAUCAAGAACCCAUGUUCGAUCUCAUGAAGCGCAAUAUCAAACUCAACACACUCGACUCACGGGUUCUAGCAACGAUAUACGACUGGGGAGCCCCGACGCCAUCGCACUUACCCCUUCAUCCAGAUGUCAUCUUGGCUGCGGAUUGCGUCUACUUUGAGCCAGCAUUUCCACUGUUGCAGCAGACGUUGCAGGAUUUGAUUGGCGAGGAUACAGUGUGUUAUUUUUGCUUCAAGAGGAGGAGAAGGGCAGAUUUGACGUUUAUGAAGACGGCGCGGAAAAUGUUUCAUGUGGAAGAGGUGGCUGACGAUCCGGAUAAGUGUACUUGGGAGAGAGAGAAGCUUUUUUUGUAUAAAAUUACGAAGAAGCGCUGA